AUGGCACCCAGUCCACUGCAGAGACUGCACUGCGGUCCCUCCCCCAGCCCGAGGCCCGCGGAGGUUCCUCGGGGGACAGUCUCAGUUUCGUGCCGUUAUUUAAAGAAUUCUUUCCAUGUUUUUGUAUCGGGAGGUGCCAUCGGCACUUCCCCCCCCGCCCUCCUCGAGUGCCAAGAAGGUGUUGGACCAGCCCGCCCUUCCCUACUGGUGCCCCCUCCUCCCCGGCCAAGGCGCCUGGACCUGGCGAGGACGCUGCCCGCCGAGCGGACUGAUUCGCAGAGUCUGUACAUAGUGUAUAUUGCUCUACCCGGCCACACACCACGUCCUGCUCUGGCUUUUGCCUUCUUGAUGCCAGCCUGCUGCAACGGACCCUCCCCGCGCCCCUCCCCAGCCCAUCUUACUGCAAGCAGCGUCCUGAGGAGACAGCGGCACGUUCUAGCUGCGUCUGCGGCCAGCCCGUGCCAGUGGAGUGGGCUCCGCGUUGCUCAUUCUCUCCGACAGGUUGUCAGCCUCUGUCCCCGCUGCACAGGGUCUUGCCCCUUCUCCGGGGCCUGUGCCAGCUCCCUUCCCUCCCCGUUCUCCUGUCCCCACAGCCAUUCUCGGAGCUGGGGAACCUGGUCUCGAGGCAGGCCCUGCAGUUCCACAGAGGUGGCAGGUCUUGCCCUUUGGCCAACAGAUUUCUUGUCCUGCCUUCUAGAUGCCUCUGAGCUCCAAACCCAGGGGAGCCAUGGCUUCUCAUUUACACCAACAGGUUUCAGUUCCAACAGAAAGGUCGGGGUAGGUUCGUGCAGAGAUGGGGCUGGCAGGGGGGCUAUGGGAGGAUUAUUUUAACAGAUCAAGAAAAUGAAGCCAAAUCAAGUGAAUUAAAUUCCUCACAAUUAUUUUCUUUCCCUGAGGUUUGAUUGGCACAGCAGCAAAAGUUGAGGCCACCCCACUUGUGUCCACUGUUUUUAGAAAAAAAUGAAUGGCUUCCUGCCAUUGUGGGGCUGGACUCUUGGGCUUUCUUGGUGGGAGCGGAGAAGGGGCCUCCCACCCUUGUCCGAGUUGCCUCCCACUGGAGGUCAGGAGUCUACAGCCUCAGGCACUGUGGGGAGUGCAUGCCUGGGGCCUCUGGGUGGGGACCAUGGACAGGCCCUAGUCACUGUCCUAACCUUUGUCAGGACAAAGGUAGCAAGAGGAUUUCCUGGCGGGUGGGAAGGAAUGGCUGGGGCGGCCAGUUUUGACACGCCCCAGUGCCCUGGAGAAAAACCAGGGUCAUCUGCACUUGAUGACUGCUCCCCCACCCCCAGCCCAGACACCUCAUUCCCCUCCCACUACAGGGAUCAAGUGACCUGGGAAGAACCGAGUUCAACCCCAGGAUGUGUUUCCUCAGAUUUCCUUUCCUAGGCGAUUUCCAGGGAGAGCCCUGAUUGGACAAUCACAUCACAGAUCACACUGCAGUUUCCAUGUUAGCACUGUGGAUGGGUUUUUAAUCCAUAAAAACUGGGGGUUUCUUCUCACCGACUCUCCACUUGCCCAAACUGCCAAAAGCUGGUGAUUCUGGGACAGGCCUUCACUUUGGAGCCACGGGAUGGGGUGGGGGAGCUCCAUGGGCCUGGGAAGGAGGGUGCUGUGGAGGGGGCUGCAGGGCUGACCAGCAGGCAGCCUCAUCUGGUCGGGGGCGGGGGCGGCAGGAGCAGAAGCGGGGUCUCCGUCCUUGGGACUGUCCUGGUUGGCCAUGGGCCCUGAGGAUGCACGGUGCUUGGGGCUCCUGUGCCAGUGGGUGGGGGGCAUGCUGGCCUCUGAGCGAUCAGGCGAGGCCAGCGAGGGUGUGCUUGCAAAUUCAAGCAAUAAGAGGGGGGGUUCCUGGGAGCUUCCAGCCCAGGCUAGAAGCCCCCAUGGCUUCUGGCAGCUGGACAUCAGCCCCAGGUAUUGGGGUGAUUUUGGUCAUGACAGUGUGCCUGUCCCACUGUUACACGCAUGAAUGGGGGUUAUGGGGUGGGGGUGGGGACUCAGGGCUGGACCGACGUCCUAGUGGACCUGAUGUGAAAUUCCUGUCAAACAAACACCACUUUUAAAUGGUUUGCUAGGAGUAUUUCUGUAUUGAAAGUUUCUAAUUAUGCUUUUUAAAAAAAUACUAAAAAUAAAGGUUCAAGCUGCCAAA